CCUCGCUCCAAAGGUCCUCCUGCCUGUAAACAAGGAGGUCAGACGAGACACAGGAGCGACCAGCGAUGGGAGCGCAGGAGGAGGACGCUGCUCCUCCGGUCAGUAAGAAACAUCAGAAAACAUCCAAAGAAGUUUAUUUCUCCGUCCUGCCCGAUCGAUAUGAACCUCUGAUCGAAGAGGAGGAGGAGGAGGAGGAGGAGGAGGAGACAGCAGAGGAGAGGAGGAGGAGGAAGGAGGAGAAGAAGAGGAAGAAGAAGAAGAAGUACAAGAAGUACAGGAAGAACGUGGGGAAGGCGCUGCGGUUCAGCUGGCGAUGUCUGAUGCUCGGUCUGCAGAACAUGGCCUCCACUUAUUCCACGCCGCUCUCAGCCGUGUCGGUGAUGACCGAGGUUCAGCGAUCCGCCAGCAGCAAAGCCUGAUGGGACAUGGAGAGGUCAUAUGACAGGCCGUUGAAGCUCACGAGGCCAGGGAUGUGGACUACGAGCAGGGAUGCAAAGACAUUACCGUUUUAUUUGUAUUCUAAUAAACGGAAGGACGAGGACAGAAUGAAUGAAAGCGUUUUAUAAAGUUUAUAUCAUCUGUACUUUAAAAAGAUUUCUACUUUUGUUUCUUACUUAUUAAAAAGUCCUCGUCCUCUAUUCUGAUAAACUUUCAGUGUUAGACGUUCGAUUCUCUCUGACGAGAUCACCUUGAGUUUGUUUUAUGUCAUCAUAAUCUGUACUUUAACUUUUUGUAAACAGUCACAUGUUAGCCUCCUUUAUAUUCUUUAAUAUCUUAUAAUGUGUAGAAUAAACUUCAGUUUAAAGUAGACCUGCUGAUUCAUAUUUUUAAAGCGUUACGAAUCACGAUGUCUGAACUAACGAGGGGAAGUUUCAGGUCAUGAGGUACCUGUAUGUUGGAGUGAUCCCAGGUUAACAUACUCAGUGCACUCAUGCUGGAAGGUAAUCAAGAAGAAAAACACAGUUACAGCAACAUACAUGCUUUCAUAUUAAACAAUAAAAGUGUUUGAAGGCUUCUACUUCAUCCUCUUUUCACGAGAAAUACUUUCUUCCCAUUUUAUCUCACGUUGUGCUGCGUUAUGAAAGUUUGUGGAGACUUUUUCUCUCUAAAAAGUGACUUUGCUCUUUAUUUUUAAUAAAAGCUUCAUUCAGA